AAAUGAUUAGUUGAAUUCCGUACUCGGCUUCGCAAGCAUCAUCCAAAUAAUGCGGACGGAUUGUGUUGAUUGUGGAAAAAAAAGUGUCAUAAAACUAAAAAUGGGAAUAACAGAUAAUUUCCUAGUAUGCCUUGGGAUAUUUACUAUACUCCUUGUUACAUUGCCUCCAACACUUCAAGGACCCAUCAGCAACAAGGAUAAUGCAGGUUUUUCCACUAGUUUGGAAAGCUUUGCCAACAAGUUCUCUACUCAAUUGGCAAAAUCCAGCAAAGGACAAAACAUCAUAUAUUCACCAUUCUCCAUUCAGACAUGUGUUGCCAUGGCCAGUCUGGGUGCUGAAGGGGAAACUGCCGCCGAGAUGAAUCGAGGUUUGAGUUUAAAUGCCAACAACGAUGAAAUAACUGCCAAAAAUUUCCGUUCAAUUUUGUCCACUUACGAGGAUAGCAAAAUUCUCAAAAUUGCCAAUAAAAUGUAUAUUAUGAAAGAUUUUGAAGUUCAAGAUAAAUUCAAUGAGUUGUUGACGCAGAAUUUCUUUACCAGUGCUGAGAAUAUUGAUUUCAAUCAAAGUACUAAGGCCGCUCAAACCAUUAACUCUUGGGUUGAAUCAAAAACCAAUAAUUUAAUAAAGAACUUAGUCUCCGACAAGGCAUUCAAUGAGAAAACUCGUCUGGUUUUGCUAAAUGCCAUAUAUUUCAAGGGAGAAUGGGAGCAUGCUUUCCCCGAGUCUGGAACCAGUCAACAACCCUUUUAUAUAAGCGAAAAAACCAGUGUAGAGGUACCCAUGAUGAGCCAAAGGGGAACUUUCCGUUAUGCAGAUUUACCGCAGAUAGAAGCAGCUGUCCUGGAAAUGCCCUAUAAGGAUUCGGAUCUUUCCAUGUUGAUUUUCUUACCGAAUGCCAUCAAUGGACUCGGAAGUCUAAGGCAGAAACUUCAGACUGUGUCCUUGCAUGAGAUUAUGGAUCAAUUAUACUCCAGCAAGGUCAUUGUGAAUAUGCCCAAAUUUAAGACAGAAUAUGAAAUGGAAUUAACCGAAAUUCUGAAGAAGCUGGGUAUGGAGCGCAUGUUCUCCAAAGAUGCUGAAUUCGGAAAACUUUUGAAAUCCCCUGAAAUGUUCGCAGUGUCAAAUGUCUUGCACAAGGCCUUUAUUGAAGUCAACGAAAAGGGUACCGAAGCUGCUGCAGCCACAGGCAUAUUUAUGGUUGGCAGUCUGCGCCCUGGACCUCCUGAAAUUAUCAACCAUUUCAUUGUCAACCAUGGUUUCUACUACAUGAUCGUCAAUAAGGAUGGUGUUGUCUUCUUCCAAGGUGCACAGUCGCAUAUUUAAAAAUUGAGCUUGACAAUAAACCAUAUACGAAGUUUGAACAGAAUUUAAUAAAAGAGAGUAAAUAAA